GUGAGGGAUCCGGUGGCCGCGGGCCGAGCGGCUCGAGCGGAGUUCGUUUUUAUCAUCAGGUUCCGGAAUCCAGCGGGUCACCAGAGUCCAAACCCCAGCGGGUCACUGUGAUCCAGAAUCCACUAGGUCACUUGGGGGCCCUGAAUCCACUGGAUCACUGCAGUCUUAAAUCCAGUGUUAAACUGUGAUCCACAAUUCAGUUGGUCACCAUGGCCUGGAGGUGAUCGGAAUCCUGAAGAUCAGUGGGUCAUCACAGUCCUAAAUCCUGAGGGUCAUCGGUAUCUUAAAUCCAAUGGGUUGUCAGGUUCCUCAGUCCCAGUAGGUGAUCUGGGACCUGAAUCCCAGUGGGUUAUCUGGGACCUGAAUCCCAGUGGGUUAUCUGGGACCUGAGUUCCAGUGGGUUAUCUGGGACCUGAGUUCCAUUGGGUUAUCUGGGUCCUGAGUUUUAUUGGGUCACCUGCGUCCUGAAUUCCAUUGGGUCAUUCGGGUCCUGAGUUCCAGUGGGUCGUUCGGGUCCUGAAUCCCAGUAAGUUAUCUGGGACCUGAGUUCCAGUGGGUUAUCUGAGUCCUGAGUUCCAUUGGGUCAUCUGCGUCAUGAGUUCCAUUGGGUCAUUUGGAUCCUGAGUCCCAGUGGGUCAUCUGGGUCCUGCCUCCCAUUGGGUCAUCUGCAUCCUGAGUUCCAUUGGGUCAUCUGGGUCCUGAGUCCCAGUGGGUCAUCUGGGUCCUGCCUCCCAUUGGGUCAUCCAGUUGGUGGUAGUCAGACUGGUCUGCUGCAAUGGUGAAUGGCAGGGUUUGGGAUUGACUUGUUCUUUUUGGAUUGUACUGAGAGACACGAGGAGCUGGGACGAUGAAGUGCCUCCUAAUUGCCAGUGAGAGUGCCCAGGUCCUCUUUUACUGGACGGACCUGGAAUUUGAAGUGAGCCUGAGGCAGCGAUUCGAGAAUUUGUUGGAGCAACACAGAGAGAUGUCUCCAGCCUUUGAAGACAGCAUAAACACACUAUUUGCACCACUUCUCAUUUCCUGCAUUACCCUGAAUGAAAAGAUCUCAGACACAUACACUUCUUUCGUUAGUGAGAAUAACUACCUCUUUGUACUGCAUCAGUUUGGGGAGUGCACGUAUGUCGCGGUGAAUGGAGAUGGUUCAGAGAAUGAAGAUGAUUUGAGACGAAAGAUAUUUGUGUUGAAGAAGAUUAUUGAUGUGUGCUUUGGUCUGGUGACUCUGGAUAAAAGUAUCCUCAAGAAAAAGUUGCGGCCGCAAGAUACAGAGCAACGGUCGAAAGUUUGGAAGAUGUUACAAAAUCUGCUAAUUACUUACAGCCACCUGAGAGAGGAAGACCAGAGUUUCCUUGUGGAGGCUGUGGAGCGACUGAUCCACCCUCAGUUGUGUGAACAGUGCAUUGAGUUCUUGGAUCGCCAGGUAGUCCAGCAGAUAAACAGUAGUAUGGAGCGGGUGAACGAGGAGGUGGUGCACAGUUUUAUCCUAGUACACACCAAACUCCUGGCGUUCUUUUCAAGUCGUAAUGCCAGCUCCCUGAGAACUUCAGACUUACUCUUACUUAUUCUGAUUGCCCAAGAUCUGUACCCAAGUGACAGCGACUUAGAGGCACUAACCGUCGAGGAUCUGGAGAAUGCACCAGUAACUGAAGAGGUUAAUGCUCCUGAAUUGUCACUUGGUGCGCAUGGAGAAGAAGACACAGUGGAGAGCAGUUUGUGUACAUCCCAACUCACCAACUCCGUUAUCCAGGUUGCAGAAGAGACCCAGCAGCCAUCACUUCUUUCAGGGAGUUCUGCCCCCAAAAGAGUUUUCCUUGAUGCGAGUCUAAAGGAUAAUUACUGCCCCAUGAUGCCUCACAACAUGUACUGCUUGUCCCUCUGGCCCGGGAUCUCUCUGGUUCUGCUUACAAAGCAGAUGUCAUCCAGUCAUGUUGCGGUGUCUCUAUAUCAGCUUUUGGAUGCAUUCAGUGUUCUAGAGGCCAAGCUAAAUGAUGGACAGGAACUGGGCCAUUCUUCACGGAUUUACCCUAACAUGCCUGACCUUCGACAGAGGAUGGAGAAGUUUGUAAAGGCUGUCGGAGUCCAGAAACGUCAGCUGCAGUCUGCUUGGGUGGACUUCAAGAACAAAGCAUUUUCCAAACCUGAUGCUGGAAGUUCUCAAGAACUCUUACAAGCAUGUCGGAAUGUGAAGAGCCAACUGUGCUUAGUAUAUCAGCAGUACUUCCUAUUGAAACCUGCAGGCGACUCACAGCAUUUAUCUCUGAACCUACAAACCAAGAUACUAAAAAUUGUUCAGGAGAAGCUGAUGGACUGGAAGGAUUUUCUCUUGGUCAAGAGCAAGAGGAACACUACAGUGAUCUCAUAUCUGAAAGAUUUCCCAGGACUCAUUCAUUUCAUCUAUGUGGAUCGGACUGUUGGUCAAAUGAUUGCACCUUCGUUAAAUGUAUCAGAAAAAUCCACAGAGCUGGGGAAAGGACCAUUGGCUUCAUUUAUCAAAAGCAAGGUGUGGUCUCUGGUUGGUAUGGGACGCCGGUAUUUGCAGAAGGGAUACACCACACUCACAUUCCGUGAUGGAGACUACUACUGCUGCUAUUUCCUUUGGUUUGAGAAUGAAAGUGGUUACAAGUUACCAGUCAUAGAACUGCCAGUGUUGUCUGAUGACUCUGCUCCGAUUGGGAUUUUAACUGGUGAUUAUUACAGGAAGCUACUGCGAUAUUAUGGCAAGAACCACAGCUUGGAGGUGAUCAAGUGCUUUGAGCUGCUCACUAUCCACCUGGGUGUCAUUCCCACAGAGUUCAUCAUUCAGCAAUGCUCUGACCUGGCACGCAGGUUGUGGGAACCCUCACGCAUUCCAAUCCUUUAAACAGCAGGACAAAGAUCACUGGAAGCUUGGAGGCUGGUCUUCUGUGUUGGUGAGAUCAGAUGUUAACAGAAAGGGCAAACACUCAGAAAAACUGCUACACAUAGGAGAUAGUGCUGCAUAUUUGAAUUUUUAACCGAAGUUGGAGGCCACAGUAAGCUCAGGGCUAGUGACAAGUAUAACCCUGUCGCCAGCAGUCAUUAAGCUUCAAGCUUUUCAAUUCCAGUUGGUUCCGGUAUCUCAGUUACAAGAUUCCUCCAUUGCUGCAAGAGAUUCAAAUCUUUUUCCUGUGGCUAGUACAUGUUAGGAGAAGGUGAGAAGUGGGAAAUGGAUUGAGAUCAUUUUUGAUAGAACUUCACCAUUUAGCAUUUCUGUAAGGUUUUAUACCUGAAUGGCAACCAAUACAUGUUUUUGGGUUGAUUGGUUUUAUAUCCAAUUGCCUAACAGAUUGUAGCCAUUGUAGCUAAAUCUCUGCCCUCUAAGGUAGAGAUACAUCUUGCUUCACAUUCAAGCAUACAAACAACACAAUCAUUUUUGGAUUCAUGAUCUGUGUUGAGUAGCUCACUUCAAUGGGACAGCAGCUGUCUGCCUUAUUAGAUCCUAGGCUAGGAAAAGUAGCAUUGGCUAAACCCUCCAUUACCUGAUGAAAGCUUCAGGAAGUAUGUGUUAGGGUUAAAAAUCACACAACACCAGGUUAUAGUCCAACAGGUUUAUUUGGAAGCAUUAGCUUUCGGAGCCACUGCUCCUUCAUCAGGUGGUUAUGGCGUAUAAGAUCAUAAGAAACAGAAUUUGUAGUAAAAGUUUACAGUGUGACGUAACUCAAAUUAUAUAUUGAAAAAUUCCAGGAUUGUUUGUUAAAUCUUUCAUCUCUUAGAAUGAACAUGUUGGUUUCAGUUCUUUCAUAUGUAAAUUGCAGAGCUUUUUUAACGUUAACAUUCUCAAGUGAACUUUAACAAUUGGUGUCAUAUGGCCCAGAUAAUGCAUUUAAGGUGUGAGACUGUCUGUGUCACAAUGUUCAGACUGAUUCUAAUCUAAAAAAACGGAUUUACAGAAUCUUGCGUGGAUUCAUGCAGUUUUUGAGCAAAGUGACUAGAUUUCAAUGAAAUGCUUCCUGCCAUAAAUAUUAAAAAUCCAUCUUAAUUUGUGGAUGUUGGUCUUUUGGAGCAGGCAGAAUUAAAAGUGUAUCCCAGCAGGAUACCGGAGCAGUGGCAGGGCCUGGGCUCUGGGUCGUUUAGGGAGAUGUUAAUAAAGAUUAAGCUGGCACUCCUUUUACUUCAAAGCACUUAUAAUGUGGAAUUUGCUACCAUGUAGAGAAAAUGAAGUGGAUAGCAUAGAUACAUUCGGGGGGAAAGUUAGGAAAGUGCAUGAAUGAGAGACGAAUACAAGUAUUGGCUAAUACGGUGGGAUGAUCGGGACUUAUGUUGAGCAUUAUCACCAGUGAUCCAGUUGAGCCAAAUGGCCCUUAGUGUGCUGUUAAUUCCACUUACUGACUUGCCAUUGAGUAGAGAUGUAUAUUACUUUCAUUUAAUAGAUUAAUGCUUUUAAUUUCUUUUGCUGAAAGUAUUACCAGUCUGUAAAAUUAAAUAUGAAAUGUCAAAAUUAAAAACUAUAACACUGGAAGAAUUCAGCAAGUAAGUCCAUUGAUUUGGAGAGAUCUGGACAGUUACUUGUUUGUAUGAUUUUUGUUAAAACAGAGGUUUCUCCUCUAGGAUGUGAUUUCCAUGUUCAGUAAACAUGACCCAAAACUGUAUUAACAUUCCAGCAAAGCUGACAUAAAAACGGAACUGCAUGGUGACUCCUGAAAAUGAACUUCAGAAAAUUGGACAUUCUUUCUGAUGUAGCAGUGGUUCUAUGCUUUUCUAGUUCUCCUGCUUAAUAAACUUUAUCUUUACCAACCCCUUUGAUCGUCUCUGUAAAAGAAUGUGUUCAGAGAAAAGGAUUUGCCAGACUUCAGUCAAAGAAGCUCCCAAAACCUGGGACACUUCAGAUGUGCAAAUGUCAUGUUACUUUAUAUCAAAGCCAUUUGUGUUAUUUUCACUUUACAUAACUGAGUCUUGUUUCACUUGAAUAUUGCUGAACACUUUGUCUGAAUUAGUUUCUUCCCCUUGAUUCUUUUUCUUCAUUCCAUUCUGUCUUGGACCAGAGGAUUUUAAAACAAUUAGUGGCUUUCGAUUGCUAUAUACAUUUUCUCAACUCAAAGCUCAGAGAGUCCACCUCAUGUUUCAAGUUUCAAAGUGUAUGAGCGAGACAAAAAGCAGUUGAAAGGUGCUCAACAAACAAUGAAAACCAGAAUAGAUAUAAAAUGACCAAAACUUGAAAUGUUGUUGCUUUUUAAACAAGGUGUUAGUAAUUUAUUGAGGGGAGCUAAUAAAAGAAAGGUUCUGCAGAAUUGAUCAAAUCAAAAGGAAACUCGAUGACAUGAAUUAUAUAGUGAAUAGACAGGAAGAAAAAAAUAACUUGUUGUCAUGUUAAUGAAUUAAUUAUCAUGUUGAUAUGUUAAAUAAAUAAUAUGACAGUGUUACCACUCUGAUGGGAGGAAGGCUCUGGUAAUCAAACUGCACUACUCCAUGAGUGGACUGAUUGUGAAUGGGGGGAGGCUGUAGUCGAGGGGUAUUGUCACUCAUUUAGUAACCUGGUAAUGUUCCGAGAGUUUGGGUGGAGCUGAAAUUCAAUAAAAAUCUGGAAUAUAAAGUCUAAUAAUGAUCAAGAAACCAUUAUUAAUUAUCCUGUAAACCCAUCUGGUUCACGAACUAUUGUCCUUCAGAGAAGGAAAACCACAAUCCUUAGCUGGUCUAGGCUUUAUGUGACUCGAGUCCACAGCAAUGAGGUUGACUCUUACAUACCCUCUGAAAUAGCCUCAAAGCCAUUCAGUUGUAUCAACAAUUAGAAAGUCUCAAAAACUGAAUGAAACCAGAUGGAUCAACCAGCAUCAACUAAGACUGGAAAUGACAAUGGUAAACACAGCUCUGUCGACCUUUUAAGUUCUGUUUACGAAGGCAGGCUGUCUCGCAUGUCAAGCAACAGCCUAACAUAGUCAUAUUCACAUGAUCAUACUUAGUAGCUAUGUUUUAGACAAUACCAUUACCAUCCCUGGGCUUCUCCUAUCCCAAUGACAGGACAGACCCAGCAGAGACCUUAUGGCACAGUCAGAGGGAGCUCCCUUGGAAGUCUUCAGCAUUGAUUCUGGACCCCAUGAUGUCUUACAGCAUCAUGUGGAACAUAGGCAAGGAAACCUCUUGCUGAUUACCACGUAACCUCCCCCCAACCCCACCUUCCAAGAUCAGCUGUUAAUCAGUCAUCCUCCAUGUUGAACAAUAUUUGGAAGAAGUGCUGAGAGUGGCAAGACUCCAGAAUGUACACUGGAUAGGAGAUUUCAAUGUCCAUCACUAGGUGUGGCUGGGCAAUACCAUCACUGAGGUCAAGUCUAAAGGAAUUAGCUGCUACAGUGGGUCUGCAGCCUACAAUAAGCAAAAAAACAUUCUUCACCUCAUCCUCACCAAUCUGCUGCCACCGCUAAAUCUGUCCAUGAUGGUAUCGGUAGAGGAACACCACACAACCCUUGAGAAGAUGAAGUCCGACUUCACGUUGAGAAUACCCUAUAUCAUGUGUGGCACUACUGUGCUUAAUAGGAUAGACUUUCAACAAAUUUCAACCUAAGAAGCAUUCAUGAGACACUGUGGGCAAUCAACACAGCGGAAUUAUACUUGCAACCUCAUGGCCUGGUGCACGAACACACACACACAACCUCCAUCCCCUGCCCUCACAACUAUCAUUAAGCCAAGGGAUCAACCAGAGGAGUCAAUGAAGAGUGCAGGAGGGCAUGCCAGGAGCAGCACAUAUCUAAAUAUGAGGUUUCCAAUCUGGUGAGAUUACAAAACAGGACUGCUUGCAUACCAAACAGCAACUGAUGGAACUAAGUGAUUCCACAACCAAUAGCAAUCUGCAGUCAUUGCUAUUUCCAAUCGUGAGUAGUGGUGGACAAUUAACAACUCAGUAGAGGACAAGGUUUCACAAGUAUUCUCAGCCUCAAGAAUGGGGGGCCUCAAUAUGUUGGUGCAAAAGAUAAAGCUGUACCAUUUACAACAAUCUUCAGCCAGAAAUGCCAAUUGGAUGAUCAUCUAGAGGCCCCCCAGUCUUGCAGAUCCCAGUUUUCAAUUAAUUUGAUUCACUCCUCACGAUAUCAAGAAAUGGCCAGAGGCACUGGAUACUGCAAAGGUGUGAUGAAAGAUAUAUAAGAUAUAUAUUUAAUGUUUUGGAAGUUAGAUUUUAAAACAGAGCCACAGGGAUUUUGGUUAGUUCUUUGAGAUUUUUUUUAAAUAGUCAGAAAGUCAUUCUGGAACAGUGACAAAAACAUCAUAUGAGUUAAACCAACUGCCUGGCAGACUCCUGUGGUCUCACUGGAUAAAAUAUUUAUACUGCUGGGUUUAUGUCACGCAAGUUAAUACAUUAUUGCAAUUAGUUUUGACUUCAGAAUAAUCACCUUGUCCAGUUCAGAAGAAUCUAGAGUUCAGUUCAGAAUAUUUCUCCUGGUAGGGAAACCAGUUCUUUACCAGUUUAGUCAAUGGAACCACUCACCAAAGCAAAAAUGUUUCCAAGCUUCCAGAACAGGAAAGCCUGUGUAGAAACCUUCAAGUUGUUAGAACUGAAAAGGGUUUAAGUCCUUAGAAUUGUGAAAUGGUCAUGCCCAAAGACUGAGACAGAAAUUGUAAAAUUGCCUGCACGGUGCCAAGAAACUGGAAGGAAUCACUAAGUGGAAACUUACGGUUAAACACUGUUGUUAAACAACAUCUGCAGCCAUAUGUAACCAUGUUUCAGUGAUUAACCACGUUAACUAACUAGAAGUAUAUAAGAUCUUUCAAGUAGAGUUUGAUUCUAAGGUCUGACUUGCCAACUUAAAAGCUAGGUUCAUAACAAUGUACAACUAGAAGAUGCCUGACAUUAGACCAUGAAUGAUCAAUUCAAUAAGGGAACUUGGUCAUCAGAAAGUAACUUGCCACUGCUGUGUCAAUGAGUCUCUGGUCCUAACUGUUCAACUGGCUAGCUUACCUCUCUAACUGUGUGCAAACAGAGAUGGAUUGAUUGAACUAAGUGAAUCCAAUUGUAACUGUUGCUCUU